CUGCCUCUCUGGAGACCAUGGCUGCCCCGGGAUGAGGAGGCGAUCGGCCAGCAGACAGAUACCGCUCGGCCCCACGAGGUGACAGGGGACAGCGGUCCCAACAACGGGAUGGGGAACAAGGCGCUGGCGCUCUUCCAGCACCCGGUCAGGCUCCUCUGGCCCAAAUCCAAGUCCUUCGACUAUCUGUACAGCGUUGGAGAGAAGCUGCUGGAGAACUUCCCCGUGCAGGCCACCCUCAGCCUGUACGACGACUCGGACAGUGAGGACGAGGAGGAGGAGGAGGAGGAGGAAGAGGAGGCCGAAGAGGAGGAGGGCUGCGGAUUGAGGAAGCACGAGCUGUGGGGUGGCAGGGAGCUGUGGGGAAGGGUGAAGAGGAGGUCUGUGGGGUGCACAGCAUAG